AUGGCCAACUACAGACCUGAAGAUCGGGAUGGCCUCCCCCCCAUCGGCUUCAUCGCCGUCGAGUGUUUCUUCUAUCGCCCUGCUGGUGAUGCGUUUAGCGAGCUCACAUGGAAUUUCCCCAUCAUUCGAGAGCUCGCCGAAGGAUCCAAGGAGGGCAUAUUGGUAUCCAAGGACGAAUAUAAUGAGGAAUUUAUUGAGAGCUUUGUAGCCGCUGGCCAAAAGCUAGCCGACAGGGGCGCGUGUGGUAUUAUCACCAGCUGUGGCUUUCUGGCCAUGGUUCAGCCUUUGCUUGCCGCAAGACUCCCUAUCCCCGUUGCAACCUCCUCUCUUCUUCAGAUCCCUUCCAUCCUCGCCUGGCUUCCACCAGACAAGAAGAUCGGAAUCAUCACCUACAACGCCGAUGAACUGGGACCGUUACACUUUGAGCGCCUGGGAAUCCCCGAGCAAAACGCUGCACGCUGCUACAUCCGCGGCGCGCCUGCCGGAGGCCACUUGCAGCGGCUGGUCCGCAUGCAAAGCCCUUACAGCUUUGAUGCCAUCGAGACUGAAAUGGUGGAUGCGGCCAAGAGCCUUGUUGCGGAUCAUCCUGAUGUCGGCGCAAUUGUGCUCGAGUGCACACAGAUGCCUCCAUUUGGUCAGUCGGUACAAAACGCUGUGAAUUUGCCUGUGUAUGACGUUUAUACCAUGGCGAGCUGGUUUUACUCGGGCGUGGUUAGGAGACGGCCAGUGCAGUGGAAGGAUUUGGAUAGUCAGCGGACGGGUCCUAUGGUUGAGAGGAAUAUAAUGUAG